AUGUCUUCUAAUUCGGAUACUGGAAAUUUACAGGAUUCUCUAAAGCACGGACUUACACCUGUUGUGUCUCAGUUUAAAAUGGUGAAUUACUCUUACGAUGAAGAUCUUGAAGAACUCUGUCCGGUGUGUGGAGACAAAGUGUCUGGAUACCAUUAUGGGCUCCUCACCUGUGAAAGCUGCAAGGGGUUUUUUAAGCGAACAGUCCAAAAUAAUAAAAGGUACACAUGUAUAGAAAACCAGAACUGCCAAAUUGAUAAAACACAGAGAAAGCGUUGUCCUUACUGUCGAUUUCAAAAAUGUCUAAGUGUUGGAAUGAAGCUAGAAGCGGUAAGGGCUGACCGAAUGCGAGGGGGAAGGAAUAAAUUUGGGCCAAUGUACAAGAGAGACAGGGCCCUAAAGCAACAGAAAAAAGCCCUCAUCCGAGCCAAUGGACUUAAGCUAGAAGCCAUGUCUCAGGUGAUCCAAGCAAUGCCCUCUGAGCUCACCAUCUCUUCUGCAAUUCAGAACAUCCAUUCUGCCUCCAAAGGCCUACCUCUGAACCACGCUGCCUUGCCUCCCACAGACUAUGACAGAAGUCCCUUUGUAACCUCCCCCAUUAGCAUGACAAUGCCACCUCAUGGCAGCCUGCAAGGUUACCAAACAUACAGUCACUUUCCUAGCCGGGCCAUCAAGUCUGAGUAUCCAGACCCCUACACCAGCUCACCGGAGUCGAUCAUGGGCUAUUCCUAUAUGGAUAGUUACCAGACAAGCUCCCCGGCAAGCAUCCCACAUCUGAUACUGGAACUUCUGAAGUGUGAGCCAGAUGAGCCUCAAGUCCAGGCCAAAAUCAUGGCCUAUUUGCAGCAAGAGCAAGCUAAUCGAAGCAAGCAUGAAAAGCUGAGCACGUUUGGGCUUAUGUGCAAAAUGGCUGAUCAAACCCUCUUCUCCAUUGUUGAGUGGGCCAGGAGUAGUAUCUUCUUCAGAGAACUUAAGGUUGAUGACCAAAUGAAACUGCUUCAGAAUUGCUGGAGUGAGCUCUUAAUUCUUGACCACAUUUACCGACAAGUGGUACACGGAAAGGAAGGAUCAAUCUUCCUGGUUACUGGGCAACAAGUGGACUAUUCCAUAAUAGCAUCACAAGCCGGGGCCACCCUCAACAAUCUCAUGAGUCACGCACAGGAGUUAGUGGCAAAGCUUCGCUCUCUACAGUUCGAUCAACGAGAGUUUGUGUGUCUGAAAUUCUUGGUGCUCUUUAGUUUAGAGCUAGUAGGAGAUCAGUGUGGCCUGAGGGAAGCCUCAGUUAUGGCCAGAGUGGUGGGCAAGAGCCCAGUCAUGGAAUGUCUUAAGGCAUUCAACAAAUGUGUACUGAACCUGGAUGCCACUGAAUAA